AAAAAAAAAAAAAAGGAGAAAAUGCUACUUAAAUGAGUCUACAAUUCACUUUGGUACUCCUCUAAUGAGAAUUGCUCUAAUCACUCUCCCAUGAGAGGCGGAGCACUUCUCCGCGACUCUUUACGCCACCAUUGCUCCAACGCACACCUCCUCAAAAGUCUAUCCACCCAAACCGCCGCAUUCGACCUCGACCGCGUCGCCGCCGCCUCGGCCGCGAGCCCCGGAGCCGCCGCCGACGCAGCCCACGCUCGCCUCGUGAAGCUCCUCUGCCCGGGCGCCGCUUCCUCCUCCUCCUCCUCCUCCUCCUCCUCUCUAUGGAACAAGCUCCUCGCGCUCUACUCCCGUUCCGGGCGCCCUCUCGUUGCCCUCAAGGUGUUCGACAAAAUGCCCGUAAGAGACUCCGUCUCCUACAACACCAUGAUCUCCUCCCAGCCUCGCACUUCGCGCGGCGCCCUCGACGCCGCGCGCCUCUACGCGCGCAUGCUCGGCGAGGGCUUGGGUCCCGACUUCAUCACCUUCUCGGCUCUCCUCGCCGUAGCUUCCGAUGCCGUGGGUUGUGCUCGUUUCGUGGAGCAAAGCCACGCCCACUCGAUCAAAUUCGGGUCGAGCUCAAAUGGGUUCGUGGGGAGUGCGCUGGUGAAUGCCUACGACAGGUGUGGAGGGAUGGAUGAAGCAAUCCGCGCAUUUGAUGAGAUUGCGGAAUGCGACGCGGUUUGCUGGAACGUGAUGAUCGAUGUGUGCGCUCGAAGAGGGAGCAAAUCCCGCGUUGUCGAGGUCUUUUCUCGGAUGAGGAAGGAGGGUGGGGCAAUAUUCGAUUGCUUCACGUUGACGAGUGUGUUGAAGACGUGCGUUGAAGCAGAGGAUUUGGGCCUUGGAAUGCAACUGCAUGGGUGUGCAUGGAAAGCUCUAUUGGUCUCAGAAGCUCCACUUGGGAAUGCUCUUAUCACAAUGUAUCUUAAAUGUGGAGGCGGAAUGAAUUCAGCUGUCGAAGUCUUUAAACUAAUAUCAAAGCCUAACAUAAUCUCAUGGACGGCUAUGAUUUCCGGGUUGGUGCAGAAUGGGCUAGCAGAGGAGGCGGCAAAGUUCUAUAAACAAAUGGCGAGAGUUGGCGAGACGGAGAACGAAUUUUGCUUCGCUAGUCUGCUCCCCGCAUUUAGUAUCCUUGCGAGCCUUGAGCAUGGGAGGAUGGUUCAUUGUAGGAUCAUAAAGUCUGUUUUUUCGUCGGAUACAAUGGUUGGAAAUGCUCUUAUUGAUAUGUAUUUCAAGUGCGGUAGCUCGGAGGAUGCUGAGUUGGUGUUCGAGACGAUGGUUAUGCGUGAUUUGGUGUCUUGGACUAUUAUGAUUCGUGGAUUUGGUCAACAUGGUGAGGCAAAAAAGGCUCUGGAAAUCUUUGGAUCAAUGAGAACUAGUGGAUUUAAACCGGAUAGUGUUGCUUUUCUUGCCAUUCUAUCUGCUUGUAGUUAUGGAGGUCUUGUCAACGAAGGGCUCAGGGUAUUUGGUUCCAUGGUUGAUGACUAUAAUGUUAAGCCAGAGAGGGAGCAUUUUGCUUGUGUAGUUGAUUUGUUGGGCCGAUCGGGGAGGUUAAAAGAAGCAGAGUUAUUGAUAGGAAAGAUGGAGAAAGGAAUGGAUCCAUUGGCAUGGGAAACUCUUCUAGGGGCAUGUCGGAUACACGGAGAGGUAGGGUUGGGCCAGAAAUCGGCAGAAAAGGUUAUGGAGUUGGAGCCACACAAGGAUGGGCCGUAUGUGUUGCUGUCGAACAUGUACGCUGAACGAAGAAGGUGGGUAGAGAAGGAAAAGUUGAGGGAGAGAUUGGAUACUAGUGGGUUGAGAAAAGAGGCAGCUCUAAGUUGGUUUCCAGCUUUGGAAGGGUAAAAGCUAUGUACAGUUUGCGAUGUUGAUAAUGGCAAAUCUUUUGAAGGUGGUGGCAAUGCGAAUAGGAUGACCCCAUUGUUGAAGAAGAAAAUGCCAUUGACAGGGCCUUUACAGUUUACAGUAAAGGCAAGCAUGAAAAGCCAAAUUGUGAUCCAGAUGUAUGAACAAGGUAUGUUUUCUACCAACUCUCAGAUGAUUUCCUUUCGAAAAUUUUCCUUUAAGAUCGCGAUUGUAUUGUGCAUUUCUGUUGCUUACUAGAUGUAUCAUCGUUUGUGUUCACCUCAAUCCUCAAAACAUCUCAAAAGAGUUGUGGAAUUGCGAACACAUUUAAUCUUAAUGGUAUAUAAUCCUAGUAUUCACGCGAUUAAUGAAAUUCUUCUGUGACAACUGAUUUUGCAUAAUCGGAAGAUAAACCAAAGUAUAUUUACCAGAAAUAGUAUGUUUACCCAUGUUCAUCUCUACAUUUUAUUCUAUACUUGAAAUUGAGAACCCCUUUUUUUGAGUAAUAGUUCCCAAAAAAUGCACUUCCAUGCCAAAAAAACAUUCUUGUUGAAAUACCUGGAAGACAAAAAAGGAUAUUUAGACAAAAAAACAUUCUUGUUGAAAAGCUAUAUUUUUGGAGAAUCGGUUUCAUUUUCCUUGAUAUUUCAAUGUGCCAGAAAGAUUGGAAGUGCAUGUUAAUAAAUAGUGAAAUCAAGCAAGGAUAAAUAGAUCACAAUCAGGUCUUGAGUGUGAGUUGCGAAAAUGCAAUGCCAUUCAUAAUACUACUAAAAGCCAUUCAGUAUAACCAUUCACAUGACAUAUAAGAAUCUAUAAAGCAGAACUCAAAACCAGGGAAAUAUAGUUCUGGAAAUUUUGCAUAUAUUCCACUGCUGCAGAAAUAUCGAAACUGGAAAUACUCCGCAAUCGGAGAAUUUGCAUAAGAAACAAUUAUGUAGUUGAUCAUCGUAAUUUAUUCCACUGGCUAACGGCUUUGGUGUAAAUGUAGAAGCAAGAAAAAUUCAUAGAAAUAGAUAAAGAAGUUUUUCAUAUUGUAUGCGUGUGAUAUACGACUUUGACAUGGGAGUGACUGCUUUUUUGGGCAGCACUGGGGUAGCAAGUUCAUAUCAGAACAGUGCUAAGUUUUUUCUGUAAGUAAUGCAUCAAAUUCUCCCACCCCUCUCG